AUCCCCGCCUCUUGCGCGGCCGCAUAAACUGUCCAAACCACAGCCACAAUUCGCCUCCUCCUCCAGAAGGUUAAACAAAUCCAUCCAAAGCCGGAGAGAGGCAGAAGAAUCCAGAGGCACUUCCAAGUUUGUUGGCGAUGUUGCGCACGGGAGGAAGUCGGCUCGUCGCCCCGGGGCUCCGGCGGCUCCUCGGCCCUAGCGGCCGCGAGGGGGCGGCGCCGGGACUGUCGGCGGCGGGGGUGAGGGCGUACCACGAGCGGGUCGUGGACCACUACAACAACCCGCGGAACGUGGGGUCCUUCGACAAGGACGACCCCAACGUCGGCACCGGGCUGGUUGGCGCGCCGGCCUGCGGAGACGUCAUGAAGCUUCAGAUCCGCGUCGACGAGGGCACGGGGAAGAUCGUAGACGCCUGCUUCAAAACCUUCGGGUGCGGCUCCGCCAUCGCGUCGUCCUCCGUCGCUACUGAAUGGGUGAAGGGAAAGCAAAUGGAGGAAGUAGUCACUAUCAAGAACACUGAGAUUGCAAAGCACUUGUCACUUCCACCAGUAAAGCUCCAUUGUAGUAUGCUUGCGGAAGAUGCGAUUAAAGCUGCUGUGAAAGAUUAUGAAGCAAAGAAGGCUAAGGUGGGAGACAGCCCUGCAGAGAAGGUUGCUGAAGCAUGAACAUGAUGUUAGUGCCGUCGCCGUGAAGUACAGUCCGCUAUGUAUCUGCUGCUAGUAAAGAUGGAUGCUUCUGUUCUCUGAGGGUGGGUAAUAGUGUGUAACGUUCACAGACUCCGGUGGCGGAGCAUGUAUCAUAAGGAUGGACACGACCAUGUUGAAAUAAUUGUGCUGUCAUAUUAGGAAAGUUUGUGCUUGUAUAACAGCUGUCUGGUACGGCUGCCUGAUCCACCAAGAUAAUUUUCAAUCUUGGGGUUUUAUUCGUUGAUGAAUUAAUUCACGCCUGAGAUGAUAAUUACGUUUU